CUUUCAUUUCACUCCAAUGCCCUUCCUAUCCAUGCCUAGGUAGUAGUUGGCACUUGGCACUUCGUUAACCAAGUGCAUUAACGUCAUUAUAAUAUUUUCUAACACCAGUUUUACAGCAAUUGUUUCUUACAAUUUCAAAAUCCCCUGUUUUCUCCUUGAAAAAAUGAUGGCUAGUGCUCCGCUGUCGACCUUGUGCCUUCUCCCUUCGCAAAAUAGGGAAGUGAAUGGAUAUGUGAUGAACCUGAGGAGUUCAUUCUAUGGCAAAGUGAUAGCUAAUCAAAUUCAUAUAAAGAAGGAAACUGGAAGUAUACGGAGAGACCCUUUUGUUGCUGCUUCAGUGCUUGGAAGGAGAAAGACUGUUGUUCCUGAGCCUGAUUACAGAAUCCCAGUUGUCUUACUUGGUUUAGCUGGCGGGUUAGCAUAUACAAAUAAUCUAUUGCCAGCUGCGCCUGCUGGUCUCCUUGGCUUGCUACUAUUGUUCCAGACUACUAGAGUGAAAUUUGUUUUUGACGACAAAGCUCUGGAGGUAAAAGUAGGUGAGCAGCUUCAGGAAUCAGGUGAAAAUGUCUUUGUGGGCGGAAAAAACCGUUGGAAAUAUUCGACAUUUGUGAACUGGGAACUGUGGUGGCCAAAUUUCCCGAUUCUGGUGUACUUUAAAGAGACACAGACGAAACCUGAAGGACAAGUGCACUUCUUCCCAGUAAUUUUUAAUGGUAAGCAACUCUACGACGUUAUGGUGGAGAGAGCUGGUCCUUCAAAAACUAGUGGACCAAAAUAAUCAUAAGGCUCGAGCUUCAAGGUUAAACCAUCCAGCAAUUAGUUUGACAUUUGGUGCUGUAGUAUCAACAAGGUAUGCCAGAGUUUUCCAGUGCUUCUGCUGUUACUUCAAGUAGCUGCAACUGUAUCUGGCUAUUAGGUUAAUGAACUCCAUGUAUAAUUAUAGAAAUCAGAGCAAGAAAUUAUAGAAUGAUGGAAAUAUGUAUAUAUGUGGAUGAGUUGCUUAAAUUAUUACUCUACGAUGUGAAGUCCCUCUCUCCCUCAUGUCCAUGUCGAUUUCUGUUGCAGGAAACAGAUGCUGCUCCUACUGAUUGAUUCUUGGCUGUGUAGAAACAUGUCUGUAUUUUGCAAGUCAGUAGAAUUUUGCUAGAUGUACAUGGGUUUCAUCAAUAGUGGAUGAAAAAAUAUUAUAUUAAAGUUUGCUAUGAAAUUUGUACAAGCAGGUUAAUGAUGUUGAGUUGCUAAUGUAGACUGAUAAAUACUAAAUAUUAUGAGUAAUUGAAUAUCGAUUAAAUUCUAUAA